UUUUCCAGGGGUGUCUUGCAUCAGUCCAUUGUAUGUGAGAGGGACCUGAGCUGAGCGAGAGUGAACAGAGAGAAUAGGCAGGCUUGGAUUCUAACAGACUGAACUGGGGACACGGACACUCACAGGAAUACUCCACCGCCUACUUGGAACAAAUGUUUUGAAAGGAUAAACGCUUUAAAAGUUUGAAGACCCUCUCUCUCUCUGUGUGUGUGUGUGUGUGUGUGUGUGUGUGUGUGUGUGUGUGUGUGUGUGUGUGUGUGUGUGUGUGUGUGUGUGUGUGUGUGCGUGUGCGUGUGUUUGGGAUGAAGCGCCUGUGGGACAAACACUUUCCGUUGCUCAUCCUUCUCUAUCUGGUAGGAGACGUCACCUCACAGGUUAACCCAGGUGUGUGUCGGUACCCUCUGGGGAUGUCAGGAGGGCAGAUUCAGGAUGAAGACAUCUCUGCCUCCAGUCAGUGGUCUGAGUCGACUGCUGCUAGAUACGGCAGGUUGGACUUUGAGGAGGGUGAUGGCGCGUGGUGUCCAGAGAGAACGGUGGAACCAGACAGCCUGAAGGAGUUCCUCCAGGUAGACCUGCGCUCCCUCCACUUCAUCACCCUGGUGGGCACCCAGGGCCGCCACGCAGGGGGCAUCGGCAACGAGUUUGCCCAGAUGUACAAGAUCAAAUACAGCCGUGACGGCAGCCGCUGGAUCUCCUGGAGGAACAGGCAAGGCAACCAGGUCAUUGAGGGGAACAGGAAUGCAUAUGACAUCAUGCUGAAGGACCUGGAGCCUCCGAUCAUCGCCCGCUUCGUGAGGUUCAUGCCCGUCUCAGACCACUCUAUGAACGUCUGCAUGAGGGUGGAGCUCUACGGCUGUGAAUGGCUCGACGGUUUGGUGUCCUACAACGCUCCAGCAGGAGAACAGAUGAGUCUAGAGGGCCAGCCUGUCCACUUCAACGACUCGGUGUACGACGGAGCCGUCAUCCACAGUAUGACGGAGGGCCUGGGCCAGCUGACUGAUGGGAUGUGUGGAUUAGAUGACUUCACCCACAGCCACGUCUACAAUGUGUGGCCUGGCUACGACUAUGUAGGUUGGACCAACGAGAGCUUCCCCAACGGAUACGUGGAGAUCAUGUUCGAGUUCGACCGCACACGCAACUUCACCACCAUGAAGGUGCACUGUAACAACAUGUUCAUGCAGCAUAUCAAGGCAUUCCGCCAGGUUGUGUGUUACUUCCGUUCAGAGGCUGACUGGGAGGCCACGCCCCUUUCCUUCAGCCCUGUGGUGGAUGACGUCAAUCCCAGCGCCCGAUUCAUCACUGUCUCUCUGGCCAAUCACAUGGCCAGUGCUAUGAAGUGCCAUUUCUACUUCGCUGACGCCUGGAUGAUGUUUAGCGAAAUCACCUUCCAGUCAGACACAGCCAUGUACAAUACUACCCUGACUCCACCCAAGACUGGCAGUGGCCCCCCCACCAGCACUCAACCAGGGGAUGACCCCACCCACAAAAUAGACGACAGCAACACAAGAAUUCUGAUUGGCUGCCUGGUGGCCAUCAUCUUCAUCCUCGUCGCCAUCAUCGUCAUCAUCCUCUGGAGGCAGGUCUGGCAAAAGAUGCUGGAGAAGGCCUCGCGGCGGAUGCUGGACGAUGAACUAACUGCUAGUCUGUCACUACAGAGCGAGACAUUCGCCUACAGCCACAACAACCCUUCAUCAUCAUCAUCAUCAGCACCCAGCGAACAGGAGUCUAGCUCCACCUACGAGCGUAUCUUCCCCCUGGGCCCUGACUACCAGGAGCCUUCACGACUGAUACGCAAGCUGCCUGAGUUCUCCCACAGCUCGGAGGAGGCCGCAUUGACCAGCACAGUGGUGGCAGUGACAGCCUCCAAGGCUCCCACGGCAACAUUUGCCCAGGACGGAGUCCCUCACUAUGCCGAGGCAGACGUCGUCAACCUGCAGGGCGUAACUGGGGGCAACACGUACGCGGUCCCUGCUCUAACCAUGGACCUGCUGUCAGGGAAGGACGUGGCGGUGGAAGAGUUCCCCAGGAAACUGCUCACCUUUAAAGAAAAGCUGGGCGAGGGACAAUUUGGAGAGGUCCACCUGUGUGAGGCAGAGGGCAUGCAGGAGUUUAUGGAUGAGGAUUUCUCCUUUGACAUCAGUGACAACCAGCCAGUACUGGUGGCUGUUAAGAUGCUAAGGGCAGACGCUAACAAAAACGCCAGGAACGACUUCCUGAAGGAGAUUAAGAUCAUGUCUCGACUGAAGGACCCUAACAUCAUCCGUCUGCUGGCUGUGUGUAUCUGCAGUGACCCCCUCUGCAUGAUCACAGAGUACAUGGAGAAUGGAGACCUCAACCAGUUCCUGUCCCGCCAUGAACCUGAGGGACAGCUAGCGCUCAUCAGCAACGCACCCACUGUCAGCUACAGGAACCUGUGCUACAUGGCCACUCAGAUUGCCUCAGGGAUGAGGUACCUCUCCUCGCUCAACUUUGUCCACAGAGACCUGGCCACGAGGAACUGUCUGGUGGGGAAGAACUACACCAUCAAGAUCGCUGACUUUGGCAUGAGCAGGAACCUGUACAGCGGAGACUACUACCGCAUCCAGGGCCGGGCCGUGUUGCCCAUACGAUGGAUGUCCUGGGAGAGCAUACUGCUGGGUAAGUUCACCACAGCCAGUGACGUGUGGGCGUUUGGGGUGACGCUGUGGGAGACCCUAACCUUCUGUAACGAGCAGCCUUACUCCCAGCUGACUGACGAACAGGUCAUAGAGAACACUGGCGAGUUCUUCAGGGACCAGAAACGACAGGUCUACCUUCCCCAGCCAGUGCUGUGUCCUGACUCUGUGUAUAAGAUCAUGCUGAAUUGUUGGAGGAGGAACACCAAGGAGAGGCCUUCCUUCCAGGACAUCCACCGAGCACUGCUGGAGAGCCAAGCUUAGGGCCAGUACCCCUGGGCCAGCACACACACACACACAGACAGACAGACGGACGGAUGAAACGCAUCAACAACACAUUACGCAUCCAUCAAAAGUUCAACUCAAUUCAACUAAUGAUGCACGGGAAAAGAAAUGCAAAAAUUACAAAUGGCUGUCAGAUUGUCUCAGAUAGAGAAGCCAAAGUGAAUUGUAGCAAUGAAAGUUCAGUACUUUUAAAAAUGUAUAAUUUAUUCAAAAUUAUACUAUAAAUGAGUGUUCCCACCUUGUUUAAUGUAGUUUAUGGUAUUGGCACGUCUAUGAAUUAAAUUGUGUUUUCUUUAAGAAGACUGCUUGAAUGUAAAAAAGAAUACAAGUUUCAUUGAUGUCUUAGCAAAAACAUAAGUGUUCAGUUUGGAGAUUUUUGGUGAUUUUUUAUAUUUGAAAAGGUUAUUCAUCUCAGUCAGUCUGACAGUCUGACAGUUUAUUCAAAGCCAACAGGGAUAAUUAUGUUUUCAUAAAAAUAAUGCAUUAUAAUUAUAAGACUUAAUAUUAUAACAUUAUACCUAUUUGCUUUUGAUUAAGGAGUUACAAGUGAUAAACAAAUUCGUAACAUGGACAUUAACCAAAACUUAAACAUGUCUCAACUGUAGUACUCUGGCAUACACUCUGCUACAGUGUCUGCCAGUGAUAUUUGACCAAGAGUGCUCAGAGACAUCAAUAUGUAUGUACUUCUCAAAUAUUCAUAUUUUGUAUUUAUAUGUAUUGUUUAUUUGUAUGUUCUGUUUGCUUCUUGUUUACAGUACCAGUCAAAAGUUUGGACACACCUACUCGUUCUAGGGUUUAUCUUUAUUUUUUAUAUUUUCUACUUUGUAGAAUAAUAGUGAAGACAUCAAAACUAUGAAAGAACACAUUUGGAAUCAUGUAGUAACCAAAAAUGUGUUAAAGAAAUCAAAAUAUAUUUUAUAUUUGAGAUUCUUCAAAUAGCCAUUCAUUGCCUUGAAGACAGAUGACACUCUUGGCAAUCUCUCAACCAGCUUCACCUGGAAUACUUUUCCAACAGUCUUGAAGUCGUCCCCACAUAUGCUGAGCACUUGUUGGCUGCUUUUCCUUCACUCUGCAGUCUAACUCAUCCCAAAC